AUGAAGAUUGUUUCCACGCUUGCUGCUGCCUCAAUUGCACUUGGAGUUGUCGCUGCCGACACUGCCGUCGAAUGUCAGUUUAUCGUCGGUCAAGGAGAGGCCCCUGCUGUAACGAAGGCGUACACAACCGGCGUUCGCCUCACACCUGAUGGCACCAAUUUCUGCGGUGGUGUCCUCAUCACGCCCACCCACGUGCUUACCACUGCACACUGCACCAGUCUGCAGGAGGCCAGGUUCGUGUCAGUGGGUUCGCACUUCAACAGCGGCACGGAGGAUGGCGAGCAGAUCGAGGUUGAUCAUGCUGAGAACCACACGAACUACAACUUCAGUACCGGCUCGUACGACUUUGCUUUGCUGACGCUCGUGAAGCCCAGUGGCAUCACCCCACUCAUUCUUCCUAAGGCGGACGACUCUGACAUUACUCCGAACAUGCAGGCUAAUGCCAUGAGCUGGAAUGACAAAACCCACCAGUUCCAGAAUAUCGUCAUGGAGUUGAUGGGCAACGAGGAAUGCGAGGCGUCUUUCAGUGUGGACAACUCGUCCGUGUGUGCUGCUAGCAAGGACUCGUGCAUUGGCGGUAUGGGCAGCCCAUUGGUAAAAGAUAAUGGCCAGGGAGACGUGGAUGACGUCCUCAUUGGUUUGGUGAAUCGGGAGUCCAACUGCGAUGCCACUGGAACUCCUAACGUGUUUUCGCGUGUGUCGACUGCUAUUGAAUGGAUUAAGUCCGUCACUGGAGUUCAUUAA